AUGGACAUAAAAGAAAGGAAACACUUCGAGUUACAUAUAUUCCCGUAUAUUAUCAAUUGUGUUGUGAUUAGUGAGCAGCUUGUGUUUAAAUAUAGAUCUUUACAAAGUCUUCGAGAGCAAAGAAGCCAUACACUUAUACCUUAUGAUCUCGUCGCUUCCAUCAUUGCCAGUUCUCUCCUUUGUCUUUUACCUCUGAACCCUUUAUCCAACCAAUGGUUAAGUGAUGUCAACUUUACAUACGUACUUUUAAACAUUCUAAAUAGUCGAACUUCAGAACUAAGGUUGCGGUGUGUAAUUUCCUAUCUUGACUACUGUCGAUCGUCCAAGCUAUUAUCUUUAAAAGGCCUUGUAAUAUCACAUCGUGUCUGGUCACAUUCGGAUCUAUCGAAAUACAUAUCAACAGAAUUUGUGACAAGUCAUGACUUGAAGUCGACAUGUGGUCGUUUGAUGAACGUCCUAUCAUCUACUCACCUUCCAUGUUUAUUUGUUGACAACACGCUAACAAGUGAUCAAAUGGUUUUAAAGACACAUCUUCCAAUGGUUCAUUUUAUGGGUUCUCGUGUAGGAGGGGAACUACUGAGUGGGGGUAUAUCGCAAACUGAGUGUUUAUUCUCAAAAUACCCGGAUUUGAUUUCUGUUAUUCCUUUAUGUCCACGUUUGGGGUAUGGUGAAACUCUUUGGGUGGACCAUGUUCGAGGACCGUUUCUACCUCAAGCUCUCAGUCUUUCUGCACAAACUGGUUACCCUUCUGAAAAGGGUGUUAAUUGGCGUCGCUUUAUUUUGUUGAGUGGCAAUCGGUAUCCAGCAUGGAUGUCUGAAGUUCAAUAUUCUACGCAGUGUUUAGUUAGAGAGAUAAUUCUAGUUGCCUCUGGCCUCUUUCCAAAUGAAUUAAAAUACAAUACUGACCUUAUUCGCCCGGGUCUGUUAAGUCGUUUAUGGUGGGACUACCUUACUUCAAAACCAGGUGUUCAGUCGCCAUAUACAGCAAACAAACUAAUUCAACCAUUUAAUUCAUCAAUUUACCCUUGUAAUAAUGACAUUAAGGUGAUAAAAACUGGUGCUAUUAAUAAUAUGUUACAAUUCGCUGAUAAAUUCGUAUGUGGAAUGAUGAAUGAUAUUCAAAAUACCAUAAAAAUGAUGCAAAUCAAUAAAUCGCCUCAUCGUAAUGUAAACAAACAUGAUUCAUUAUCACCAAGAUCUCAGACUACAAGUGAAUAUAGAUUAUCAGUUCAACCUACCUUAAAUGUAGCAAACUCUAUGUUGAAUAUAAGUAAAACAGAUAACAAACUGUGCAAUAAUGUUGACCGAUCUAUGACAAAUUGUUUUGAUUCUAGAAAUGCAAUCACCUCGAAUCGUUUACCUCAAACUAACUGUAUUGAGCAUCCAAAAAUCAACCAACCAAUUAUUUCUUCUCAUUAUGCUGAUGAUUUAGUAGAAGAAUCUGUAAAAUAUGCUCAACAAUUAUCCAGUUUACAUAAUCAUCAUUUGUAUACAUAUGUUGACAAACUAAUUGAUAAUGCAUUCCAAAAUGCUAGCAAGUUAAUGAAUUGGUCAAAUCAAUUGUCUAAGCAAAUACUUAAUGAAGUUCAAUAUUCACAUGUUGUCCAUAAUCAUAAUGAGUUUAAUACUAUGCAUUCAAUGAUCAAUGAUAUGGAUAAUGAAUUUAAUAAAACAAACUCCAACACUGAUACCACCAAUGACCGGUUACAUGAAGAUGAUCGUGUAAGUGAAAAAUCUGCGCAACAUCAAAUCAAUCAACAGGACAGCUUUUUUGAAUUCGAUGAGAAAUACUCCAUAGAGAAUCAAACUGAGAGUCAAUCCCAUCAAAUCCCAACUAAGUGUUCAUCUCCAGAAUUAUGUCAGAUAUCUUCAACAAAACUAAACAAUUCUUUAUCAAUUAAGGAUACAAAUGAUCUGUACAUGAAGACACAUUUAACUAAUAACCCUGAAAAUUGUAUGAAUUCUGAAAAUCUCUCCAUACAAUCUGAUUCGAUUAUGAAUGAUCUACCUCGCAUUUUCAUUUCAGAAAAGCUUUCCGAAUUUUCAAAUAGUAUAGCUGUACAAUGUCUCAUUUCAGCAUUUGGAGAAAUUUAUAUCCGAAAAAUGUCUUCUCAUUUGAAUCAUAAUCCACCAAUGAAUACAACUUCUGACUUCAUCAUCAAUGAUGACAAAGAUCAAGAUUCAUCGGAAUUAAAUCAAUACAAUCAUUCGAAUAUACGACCUCCAGGUUUAAUAUUAGACUGUGGAUUAGAAAAAUAUCCAUCCAACUAUUACGCAGAUCCACAAUUACGUAUUUUAAUCCAAUGGAUAUCAGCUACACUAGUUUAUAAUUCACCUUGUUCUAAAUUCAGUUAUUUAGAUAAUAAAAUGAAAUCAUUAUCAGAUAACAAUAAUACCUGUGACAAUGAUAUUUUAAACAAUGAAUUAAAAGAUUUCAAAGAUGAAAUUUCCAUGGAACACUCAUGUUCACCAUUGGUUUGUUGUACAAACGGUAAUUCAGAAUUGAAGGAGCUUCAAACCAUUGUUUCAUUGGUACACAAAGCUUCAUGGACUGCUAAAGAUUUAUUUUGUGCAAUAUUAGACUAUUUUCAUUAUCGAUCUGAACAUUUAAAGCUUUCAACUACUGCUACAAAUGAUGAUAACAAUUUUAUUCAAUCACAAAAAGAUAACAAUAGGAAUUAUUGCGCAAUUGGUUUCGAUUUUCGAAAUCUAUCCAUUUCCAAUGAGAAAUCAAAGCAAACACUCUUAUCGCUAUUUGAUUAUCUUAUUCAACAAUUUCAUAUUGUUAAAUGA